CUCUCCAUCCCUGCUCCUGCACCGGGCUCCAUCUCCCAGCAGAAGGCGCAGCCAUGAAUCCGUUAUUCGGCCCCAAUCUCUUCCUCCUACAGCAGGAGCAGCAGGGCCUGGCUGGGCCGCUGGGGGACCCCCUGGGAGCCGACCACUAUCCCGGGGGCGGGGACUUGCCUCCGGCGCCGCUCACCCCGGCCGGCCCCGCUGCCUACUCGCCGCCUGGGCCGGGGCCGGCGCCCCCUGCCGCCAUGGCGCUCCGCAACGACCUGGGCUCCAACAUCAACGUGCUCAAGACUCUGAACCUCCGGUUCCGCUGCUUCCUGGCCAAGGUGCACGAGCUGGAGCGCCGGAACCGGCUGCUGGAGAAGCAGCUGCAGCAGGCGCUGGAGGAGGGUAAGCAGGGCCGGCGGGGCCUGGCUCGCCGGGACCAGGCGGUGCAGACCGGCGCCCCCUCCCCCGCCUACUCCUCGUCGGCCCGCUUCAUGCCUGGCACCAUCUGGUCCUUCUCGCACAAUCGCCGGCUCGGGCCGGGACUGGAGCCCACUCUGGUGCAAGGGCCUGGCCUGUCGUGGGUGCACCCGGACGGGGUGGGCGUCCAGAUCGACACCAUCACCCCCGAGAUCCGUGCGCUCUACAACGUGCUAGCCAAAGUGAAGCGGGAGCGGGACGAGUACAAGCGGAGGUGGGAAGAGGAGUACACGGUGCGGACACAGCUGCAGGAGCGUGUGAGCGAGCUCCAGGAGGAAGCCCAGGAGGCCGAUGCCUGCCAGGAGGAGCUCGCCAUGAAGGUGGAGCAACUGAAAGCGGAGCUGGUGGUCUUCAAAGGGCUCAUGAGUAACAACCUGUCAGAGCUGGACACCAAGAUCCAGGAGAAGGCCAUGAAGGUGGACAUGGACAUCUGCCGGCGCAUCGACAUCACGGCCAAGCUGUGCGACCUGGCCCAGCAGCGCAACUGCGAGGACGUCAUCCAGAUGUUCCAGAAGAAGCUGGUCCCAUCCAUGGGGGGGCGGAAGCGGGAGCGCAAGGCCGCUGUCGAGGAGGACACCUCCCUGUCGGAGAGUGACGGGCCCCGCCAGCCCGAGGGGGAUGAGGAGGAGAGCACGGCCCUCAGCAUCAACGAGGAGAUGCAGCGCAUGCUCAGCCAGCUGAGGGAGUAUGAUUUUGAGGACGACUGUGACAGCCUGACUUGGGAGGAGACGGAGGAGACCCUGCUGCUGUGGGAGGAUUUCUCAGGCUAUGCCAUGGCGGCGGCAGAGGCCCAGGGAGAGCAGCAGGAGGACAGUUUGGAGAAGGUGAUUAAAGAUACCGAGUCCCUGUUCAAGACCCGGGAGAAGGAGUAUCAGGAGACCAUCGACCAGAUAGAGCUGGAGCUGGCCACCGCCAAGAACGACAUGAACCGGCACCUGCACGAGUACAUGGAGAUGUGCAGCAUGAAGCGCGGCCUGGAUGUGCAGAUGGAGACCUGCCGCCGCCUCAUCACCCAGUCGGGGGACCGAAAGUCUCCUGCUUUCACUGCGGUCCCGCUUAGCGACCCGCCGCCACCGCCGAGCGAGGCUGAGGACUCCGAUCGUGAUGUCCCCUCCGACAGCUCCUUGAGAUAGGACCUGCCCGCCCCGGGCCCUCGUGGCCCCACGUGCUGGAAAGGCCACGGUGGAGGGUGGGCUUCGCAGAGGGCAGCGCCACACCACCACUCGCCCCAGCCUGGCGCGGCCGGGGCGCUCUUCCCUUGGCUUCCUUCCACGGUCCCUGGCCUCGCCGGGGUUCUGGCGUCUGGAGCCAGGUUCUGCCCUACCUGCCGCGGGCCACCCGGACUCAGUGGGGCUCUCCUGCCUGCGCGUUCAGGGUGCCUGCUGCUUUCCCAUCUGUCGAACCUCCUCCAUCGUGGACGGACUGGACGGACGUGGGCAGGGCCAGCUCGCCGUCCGCUCCUGUACUGGUGCUAAGGGGCUCAGGCGCGGCACGUGAGCGCAGCGUAUGCAGCAGGGGUUGGAGAGGGUCCCCAUGGGAGCGAGGGAGGCAGGACUGGACAGGCCUGCCCUCCCUGUUGUCCACGCUCACAGCUGCUCACCGGCCGGGCAGUGCAUGCAGCUGUGGCCCUUCCCUCUUGGAGAGGGGCAUUAGUGCCCGGCUGGGUGCAGUGUCACUGCCGAGUGACAGGAAAGGUGAAGCUUCCCGUGUGCAUGCGCAUGGGUGUGUGUGCACACAUGGGUGUGUAUGUGCACACGUGGGUGUGCUGCUUGUGCGCUCAGGGUCUGUUUGCGUGUCAGCUGAAGACGUGCCUCGUCCGUGUCUGUCAGAUGCUGAAACCCGCAGGCCACGACACCCGACAGGAGAGCUUGGACAGUGGGGGCCGGACUGAGUCCCUGGGUCUAUGCGGCCGCGGAGCUGACAUCUGAACGGGAUCUUUAAUAAUAACGAAACUGGCGCGUGUACACGCAGCUCCUUGGUGUCACUGUGUCAAGCACUUUGUAACGACACUCCCAGCUCCUACUGUCAACUCCAUCCCAAACAUGCACGUGCAAAGGGAGGCCCAGGUCCCAGGUCCCGUGGCCAGCAUGGCAGGGCCAGCUUCUCAC